GGGAAGUAUAAAAACGAGGAGGUGGUGAAAUUAAAUGUGUGCAGUAAAAAACAGUGGGUUACCAAUGGCGGUGGAGAAGUGAUGAUGAUGAUGAUCUGUUUUGAGAUCUCUGCUACUCAUACUUUCCGCUGCUCUCUUGUGUUCCCAAGAUUGUUCACUCCCAAACACAAACCAAACCUAACCAAACCCACCAUUCCUCUCUCUCUCUCUCUCUCUGUUUCCCCCAAAUCUUCUGUUCCCCUUGUUUCCUCCCUUAAUCAAACCACACCUCAUCACAACGCCUUCUCCAUUCCACACAUCAUCAUAAUCUAGAACAAAUUCAACUCAAUCUUUUUCUUUAUAUAUAUUACUAUUGUCAGUGUGUUGUGUGAAUGGUGUACGCCGACGAGUGGGGUUUCCCAUUCUCCGAAGAAGCAAACAACGAAGCGAUCGAUCUGAACGCGUCGUUGAACGAGGAGGAGGAGGAGGAGGAUCACAUGCAUGGCUCUCGAAGCAAGGAUAUGGCCCAGUCCAAGCUCUGCGCCAGAGGCCAUUGGCGCCCCGCCGAGGAUGCCAAGCUCAAGGAUCUCGUCGCCCUCUAUGGCCCCCAGAACUGGAACCUCAUCGCCGAGAAGCUCGACGGCCGAUCUGGUAAGAGCUGUAGGCUGCGGUGGUUUAAUCAGCUGGAUCCCAGGAUAAACAGGAGGGCUUUCACCGAGGAGGAGGAGGAGCGGCUGAUGGCGGCGCACCGUUUGUACGGUAACAAAUGGGCCAUGAUUGCGCGUCUCUUUCCGGGGAGAACCGACAAUGCGGUGAAGAAUCAUUGGCAUGUCAUAAUGGCAAGGAAAUACCGGGAGCAAUCAACCGCCUAUCGCCGCCGGAAAAUGGGCCAGUUUGUUUUCAAGCGGAUGGAGGAUGAAAAGGAGCUCAUGCCCUCCGGCACUGGGCUUUGGGCGCCUCAGCCUUCUCUUGCUUUCUACCCAGGCCCGAGUUACAGUAAUGAGAUGAUUAGCAUUUUAAACCACAACAAAUCAUGGGAAGAAACCAACUAUUCCUACCACUAUUCUCUACUGCACCAGCACACACUGUAUCAUUUCCCACGCCAAGCGGAAGCCGAAGUAGCCGAGCCGAAGCCGGAUGAGGAUGACCGGAUGGCGCCGCCAUUUAUAGAUUUUCUCGGAGUCGGCGGCGGCGGCGGGGGAUUUAAUUAGCUAGUGUUAAUCUUUGAAUGAUUAGCGAAUAAUUAAUUAAUGUGUACUGAAUUUGGGAACAGUAGGAAUUCUUUGAUAUUAUAAUUUCUCUUUCCUCGUAAGUUCGAAAUCCUUGGAUGGAACUGUUUGAAAAA